CACAUGUUCAUCUCUGCUUAUUGCAAAUUAGGGUUAGGGUUUCUCUGUAAAGCAGGGUAUUCGAAUCAAAAUUUGAAUUGAUAUUUGGUUUCGACAGAACAAUGAAGAAAGGCGGAGGAGUUUCAGAAGAUGCUAAAAAGGGAGGCAAGAAAUUCAAUGGUCCAGAUUCGAUCAAGUCCAAAAAGAAGAUGGUGAAGAAGAAUAUGCAGCGAUUGGGAGGAGCAGGCCUCUCUCUCGAAGCAUUCGCCAAUGCCAAAACCAGGAACGACAAUUACAACCCUGCCUUAAUUAAAAAGCAAAGGGAGUUCUACAAGAAUGCUAAAUAUGUUCAAAAAUUUAAGAGGUCAUUAAAGCAACAAGAGCAGCAGAAUGAUCCCUCCACAAUUUCAAGACCAUUGGAGGAUGAAAAUGAAACUGAAGAAGUUCGAAAUGCUGAACAGAAGAACAAGAAUGGCAAGAAGAAAUCCCAAAGUCUUGAAGAAUUGUACAAGAAAAAGCACGAAGAGCAAGAGAAAGCUAGACUAGAAAGGGAAGCCAUAAUUCAGGCAGCAAAAGAAAAAAGAGAGAAAACUGAUGCCAAAAGAAAAUCUUUGAAGGAGAAAAUGUAUAAGAAAACAAGGUCAGGUCAACCCGUGAUGAAAUACAGAAUUGAGCACAUGUUGGAAACAAUUGAAAAGUUAAACAAGGCCAAAGAAGCAACAAGCAGCACAUGAGGUGCUCAGGUUAGAAUCAGAGGCAGCCCAUGUGAACAGCAAGCCGAGCCAUAUAAAUAGAGAAAAAGUAGGUUCUAAGGAAUUCAUUUACUGAAAAUACGAGAGGGAUGAGGGGAAGUAGCAAUGCCAGUAUGCCUCUCGAAAGUUUGGCAAUACUUUUGUAAUUCAAUUUCAUGUCCUUGUAAUUUAAAUUUAACAUGUAUGUUCAGUACUAAAAAUGUUGAUACAAUUUUAGUUUAAGCU